AUGAGCUUGCUGUCGCGUCCACCGAGCCCCUCCGUCCCGCUGCUUCCCCUCUCGUCGUCCUCGUCGGCCCCCUCAUCGCCCUCGAACUUCACGCGUCGACGAAGCACCCAACCCUCGACCACGCCCGACUACUCACCUCGCACGGACGACUACGCAGACAAGGACGAGCUGGAUGGCGAGCUCGAGGCGACCGAGCGCUGGCUGGUGGAGCGGGAGGGACCGUCGAGGCGGAGACUUCCAGUGAAGCGGGUCGUCUACAUCGCGGCGGGACUGGCGCUUUUGCUCGUGCUAGUCGUCAGUACACGACAUCCUCGAGCGACGGACGCGCUCGGACGAGCGAAAGGAUGGGUUGCAGGAGGGUUCUUUGGCUCGCACGAGGAGGAGGAGUGGGUCAGGCCGGCGCACGUCGAGCGGACGGGGAACGUCUCGCUCGAGCAGUACCUCGUCGACAUCGGGUUCUCGCGCUUCCCACUCUCCCCGGAUGAGCGAGGGGCGCCCCUCUCAUCCCUCGCAUCGAACGCUUCUUCGCCUCUUUCGCCUCCUCCGCCGUCCUACGACCCCGCCUCGAACCGCAACGUCGUCCUCCUCACUCUCGCAACCGCCAAGUACCUCCCGCCGGUCCAUGCUUGGGCCUUGCGCGCGCGAGAACUCGAUCUCGGCGGUAAGGACGCUCGCGCGGAUGAGAACGUCGUCGUCCUUUGCUUGGACGAGGAGUGUCUGGACGAGGCGGAGCGGAGAGGGUUGCGGGCGUACGGAGGGUAUAGGGAGAGCGUCUACGGCGAGCGGGUCCCGCCGAUCGGUGUCGGGCAGGAGGCGCCUCUCCGGCGGCGCGCCGUGCUGGACAAGCGGGAAGGAGCGCAGGGCGGACUCGAGCGCGGUCACUUCAUGGCCUACGUCAAGUUUCGUGCGCUGUGGGAGAUCAACCGCGCGGGAUUUGCCAGCCUCUUCUUCGAGGCCGACACGAUCUUGACCGCCGACCCGUUCCAGUGGAUGCGACCGAUGUCGCUGUCGCGUGGCGAUGUCGAGCGAGCCGUUACAGCAACGGUCAACUCGGUGCGCAACUCGAGCGUGGCCAACUUGACUGUCGACAACUCCAAACUCUCGCCUUUGCAGCAGCAGCGCCGUCUUAUCCCUUCCAACUUCUCUCGUUCCAUUCUUCGUCCCUCCUCUACUUCUCCUCUUCCCUCGGCGAACGCCUCUACCCUCGUCGACCCCGGCUUCGACCUCAUCUUUACGCACGACGGCCAUCACCUCGCCAACUUUGGCUGGAUCCUUGCCCGUCCGACCGCACCGACCAUCUCGUUCUGGCGCGAAUGCCUCGAUUGGUUCGUCGACCUCGGCGGGUGGGAUCAGGGCGUCGUGACGGAGGUGAUUCGGCAGCGCGGCGGACGGGAAGAAUGGAGGGAUGCGUGGUGGGAUGAGGCGGGCGAUGGAGAGGGGCGUGCGAAGGAGCAGUGGUUCGUCGUCGAUGGGCUGGAGGGGCUGACGGAGAAUGAGGUGGCGAGGGUGGCAAUCCUGCCGCGGGAAAAGUUCUUCUCGUACCACCAAAUGACGCUCGGCUGGUACCAGCCGCCGCUCGACACGCCCUCGCCCGUCAUGCAUCACCUCACCUCGGUUCUCUACUCGACGCGGCAGUUCUACCCGAAGGAACGCGGCUGGGUCCCCUCGCUCGACGGCUACUACACUCGCCCUCGCCCUAUCCUCCUUCCCAUCAACUCGUCCUUCACCCCGUCCUCGUCCUUGUCGCCGUCCUCUCUCGCUCCGUUCCUCUCGACUCCGACCGGAGAUGUCGAGAACAGCGUUUGGACCGGCUCGAAGGACGAGAUCUUGCAGUACGCGCGAGUUCUGCAGCUCCUCACGGCCGUCGAGGCUGGAGCGGACGGGCCGGGAAAUGGGACGAGCGCGGAGUGGAGCGUAGUGGUGCCGGGGAAGGUGCGGAUCGUUGCGGAUGAGGGGGAGGAGGUGUUUGAGCGGGACUUUUCGAGGGUCGUCAACAUCGACGCUGCCAUCCACGCCGAUCUGCCCUUACUCGAACCCGCCUUCUUCACCCACGCCUCUCGCUACGCCUCGCCCGCCGUCCUUUCUGCCUGGCGCUCUACCUCGACCACACUGCAUGUCGACCUCGCCUCCUUCACCUCGCUCGAGUCGGCUGUCGCCCACCUUUCCUCGCUUCUCGGCGGGAUGGAGAAUGAAGCGGUGACAGUCGAGCUGGACGGUUGGGAGCGCGUCAAGGAGUGGGACUCGACGACCGCUGGCUCGUUACGUCGGGGUGACGUCUCUCGGCAGGACUGGGACGCGAUUACGCAGGCGAGGCGGUGUCGCGAGUGGGAGAAAGAGGGGAUGCCGUUCCUGUGGUGCACACCGGAGGAGUUGGCGCAGCGGGUGCGCUUGUAG